CGGACUGAUCGGGGGCUCUAAGCCCAAAGUGGCCACUCCCCGAGUUGUGCAAAAGAUCCUCCAACUGAAACACCACAACCCCACCAUGUUCGCCUGGGAGAUCCGAGACAGGCUGCUGCUGGAGCAAGUGUGUGACCAGAACAGUGUGCCCAGCAUCAGCUCCAUCAACAGAAUCAUCAGGAAGAAAGUUCAGUCCGAAUCUUGUGGAGCUGUGUCCUCAGCAUCAUCAGUUGCCAUGGGAACAGCCUGUUCCUCCCCAACCAGCUUUUCCAUCAGUGGGAUUCUGGGAAUCUCAAAAUAUAGCUGCAAGCUACCAGAAGGGGACAUCUCCUGCAGUGUGUACCAAGACCAGCCGUGUUCAUGUUAUGACACCUGGGGACAGCCGGACCCCUGCAUGAUCUCUCUGUCCAGCUUGACCUCUUAUACAAGCCUGCCAGCUAAUCGUAAUCCAGACAUGAUGGGACCUUCGUGUCAGUGCAGCUGAAUAAGGAGCCCUGAGAAGGAAAAUAUCACCGCUUUAGUGCCACAAACAGGAUGACUGCAGAACU